AUGGCGGCCGAGGACAAUGGUUAUCUGUGGUCGUCAUUACRAUUAUUUGCUCAUUUGAGUCAUUUUCGAAUGAUAUUAUUCAGCUGAUUCGAAGAGAAAUAUUAAUAGAAAUUGAUUGGAAUGCAAUGGAUUUAAUUAAAUGUAUGCGUUAUUGAAGACUACAAAACAAGAAUGAAUUCCUCCAUAAGCUUUGGCAAUGGAGUCACAGUGUCURCAACAUCGUUUUCUUCAUCACCUAUAMUACAAGGAGGAGAUACCAUCAGCAUUUUUAUCAACAUUUCUGAUUACACUUUGCAGGACCAUUUUGAAAAUGCACCAGYUUGCCAGGGUGUUAACUUUAAAGGAGUUCUUCUUGUGCCUUUAUUUCUACAAUUGAUUUCACUUGAUAAAUACAGUCAUCUUGAAUCUAAUCAUACUAACUGCACUCCUGCUUUGAAUGUGUCACAAUCUAACACUACAAUAAACAUCAAUGCAUUCAAUGUCACAUGGAAAAGCAAUCUUUCAUACUCUUUCAAAGUUUUAAGUACARUACCACCCAGUUCAUAUGUGGAAGUAACUGGUCAAUUUUCAACCAUAGCAGAUAACAAGACCAUACRUUUGGCAAAAUAUCCAACUUCAUCUCCUAAGAAUUUAGUUGCAAAUUUAUUAGACACUUCUUUUAGCGAAACACCRCACAAUCAGCUUGUCGACCAUGAGUAUGCCGAUAUAGGUGUUUCUUUCACUUACCCCAGUGUAACGACGCAAUUAACUUUUAUUGUUCAGAUGCCAAAGUUCAACACCAAUGUCUAUCUAGGCUUUGUGGUUGGGCAWACAAAAGUWGARACUAUGAGUAGUGGCAUUAAGUCUCCACAAUAUGGACCAGGAUAUCAUCCUGCUGGCAUUGCCAACCYCGGCUAUAAUGAACAAGGACUAUUUGAAUUUGGUAUAACAUCAAGUACUACACAAGAUGGGACUAUAACUUUCAAUAUUAGAGUAGUGUUGGUUGCUUCACAACCUUAUAUACCAUAUACCUCUGGUAAUGUGACAUUUGGAGUUGAGUUUAAAGACAUUGCUGGUGAUACUAAGACUCUUGGUCCAGUUAAUGUGCAGUUUAACCUAAGCCAGCCAUAUCUUGAUAUUGGUAUAAAUAUAAUCAAAACUCAGCCAUUGUCGCAGGCUUAUGACAACGCCUCUUUGGAGUGCACUAUAACCAACCCUCACUAUGCAACAGAAUCAGUAGACAUACCAAAAGUGAUGGAAUUUCUUCCUUAUGUAAACUAUACUAAUACCACUACUUUCUGUGACCCUCKAAAUAAUUGCACUGAAGUUGGUCAUUCUCUGCCUUGGAAUUACACUAUGCUUCCAGGCUCAAAACUGAUGAUAAAUUACAAGUUAGAAGUAUUGCCAACUGCUAUAGUUGACGGCAUUGUGAAGCUUUCCCUAACAGUGCAGUAUGAACGUCCCUCAUGGAAUAGAAUCACUUCCACAACACUCAAACAGGACAUUUCCAAGAUCAAAUCAGCAAACUUUACUGGUGGUUCGCACAUUUCUGGAAGUUCAUUUUUAAGUCCUGAUGACCAGACAGUGAUAGCUCCUGGUGAAAAUAUAACAUUUGGCUUAACAGUAACAUUACCCUUAGCAUCAAUGAAAAACUUUGCUGUAUUAGUGGAAGGUGAUGGAGCUGUGAUAGUUGAAGGUGUUGUUACAGCUGGAUCAGAUUUACAAACUGGUUCUGGUCCACUGCAAACAUCAGCAAUGAUAGCAACAUCUUCAAGUGUUGUCAACAUUCCUGUAACCAUCAAAUCUCCAGUGCUGUAUAGUCUAUUUCCGUUACUGGUCAACARUGGGAAGCAGUUUUCAGCUAGUAAUAGUAUGAUAUCUUUCCAAGUUACUGCUCGCGCUUUGGAUGGCAUYGCUAUGGCUAGUAAAGAGUUUGUAACCAUCAAUACUCGGGUAUUCCAUGAUGGGACAACGUUAAAAUCCUCUAGUAUUAAACUUAAGGUAAUCAAGCCAGAGCUUCGUGUGACUACAUCUGUGACUCCAACUAUGAAAGUCAACCCUUCACAGCAAGUGGAUUUUACAGCAGUUUUAUYGCAUACUGCACAAUCAACAUCAAAUGCUUAUAGAGUUCUCUUUGAAGUGGCGUUACCACAUGAACUCUUAAGGCAUGUUUCAUCAUCUAUCCAGCCAUUAAGGAAGAUUAAUAUCGUGAGUGGUGAUAAAGCUCCUAGUGCCUCACCUAGGUACAAUGAUACUCGUAAUCAGGUUUUGGUGUUUGAAGCUGAUGAGUUUCAUCUCAAUACUUCUGUCACCAUUACAUUAAAAGCAAGAACUACAAGUAACUUACCAACAAGUCUGUAUGUUAGUCUACCAAUAUAUCUUAGCUACACCAUCUUACCACUCAGCCAUGCACCAAGGACUGGUCAGCUAUUUACCUACAACUUGAACUCAGAGUCAUUCUUAACCUUUCGUCCUGAGCCAUAUAUCCUUAUCAACUAUACAUCAACACCAAGAGUAGUAGAUGCAGGCGACAAGGUUCAUUUCAAGGCAWUUGUUAUCAACACUGGUGUGGGCGACGAUAAACAUUCAGCAUAUGAUGUAAACCUAAGCUUUGACUUCAAGUCCUUGAUCAAGAAGAAUCUGACUUGUAAUAGAGGAAUCAAAUCCAUGAGCAACACCUCAAAUAAAGCAACUCUUAAUGUGGGAACUYUAUCUUUCAAAGAUCAAUUCUACUGUAAUAUCACAGGAUAUGUUGUAGCAGAUGUUGUUCCAGAAGAAGAUGUUAGUCCUGUCAUUCGCUAUGUCUACUAUAGUACCACUUCAUCAAGACCUGCUGGCUCAGUUAAUUACAACUUUACAGCACAAGCAAAGACACUUGUUGCCAGAAUAAUAACCAAUGUUACAGCAAGCAACAAUGCAGAAAGAAUGCUUGCUGGACAAGAUUUGAGUUUUACCAUAAAGCUACGCAUACCAGAGUGUUUAACAAAGCUGGCACUGGUGGUUAAACUACCUGUUGUAUCUAUAAAGGGAACUCCUUUUGCCAGGAAGAGAAGAAGUUUGAUGAAUUCAAGCCCUCGUGUUCGACGCAGCRCAUCUGACYUGAUURAUGUCCUAAAAGUAUUAAUCAACCAGACUACCAUCAAAACAGAUGUCAACUCUACUCUSAACAUAACCAACCCAUCACCAAACAUAACACAAAUCAAUGAAACUUUCUUUGAAAUUAAUUUUGGAUACAUUCAAAACUCACCCACCCCACUGCAGUCAYACCAGGGMAUUACAAUAGUACUGAGGUUUCAAAGUGCUUCUCUACCUUUGAUACUAAGUGGUCGUAGCCUGGUAGUUAUCAGUGAUGUUGUGUUUACUGGAGGACAGUCCACUGUGAUUGGUCGUUUUAAUAUAAUAGGUCCUUUAUGUAAGCCAUUGUUACAGAUUAUCAAAUCAGUCAAGAUCUCUGAUCAAGAGAGGGACUCUCCUGUAUUUCAAUACAAYGUGACURUCACACACAAGAAGGGUUCGCCAUGUGACGCACAUGAUGUCAUUAUAGCAGAUGAUACCAAGAAUGUUGAUGUUGAUCGUUCAUCAGUGGUUCCGAGAUCUGAUGUUUUGAUAACUUAUCCAUCAGUGAAUAUCUACAAACUGGUGUAUAAAGUACCCAGACUAAAAGUUGGAGAAAAGGUGUCCAUGCUGUACAAAGCAAGCUUUAUUAUCAAAGAGAAGGAUGAAAAGAGUAUCAAUGUCCCAGCGAGAUUGUCAUGGAAGAGUAUCCAGCUAAACAGUCCAGUCUACAAUUUGAACAGCAACCUUUCAGCUUGUGUCAACAGAAGGGAUUCUUCUAAAUAUGAGAAAAAGGAAAUAACUGGUUUCUUUGCCCUUGGCAUCCUGCUUGGUUUGCUGAUUGGUCUUAUUGUUGCUUGCAUCAUCAUUGUAUUGAUGAUUAAAUGCUGCGAUACAGGAAAGAUAGCUUCGUGUUACUUGUGUUUCACAAACAAGGACAGCAUGACUGUACUCACUGGUGGCUCACAGUACGUGUUYAAAGGUGAACCCAGAGACAACAAAGUCAUAACAAAACACAAAGAAGUCAGCAUAGUCAAGACAGAUGAAAGCAUUGUCCCAAUACUUAGUCUUGAUAACGCUUCACAGACAGAAAAAGAACUAGACAGUCUGGACGUACAAGCAACAGUUAACCUUGAUACGGAGCUUGAAAGUCAACGUCAAAAUAUGUUUGUACAUGGUUUGUCUCUGCUUGUCAAAAAACUGCGAGUAAAACGAGAAAUAUCAACAAGCCAACAAAACAAGUUUAUGGCCAAACUGAAGGCAGACCUGGGAAGCAUUGGUUACAAGAUGUCGGCAGAGUUUAAACGACGAUCAGUCGAUAUUACUGUAACGUUCAAAAUUAAGACAAAGAAACUGAUGAAAGAACAAGCCAAGCGCGAAUCAAAGGAGAGACAAGAAACUGAAAAUAAAAUAAAAGGACUUGUAGAUUCGCGUGAACGCAGAGAAAUCCUUGAAAUCCUUCKCCAGAGACACGCCCGAGAAGAACAAGAACUUAAAAGAAAAGCCAAACUGGACCUGGACGUUGAGAUGGAAAAACUAAGAAAAGAAAUAUCCAUCGGUAGACGGUUUGCUGUUAAGGAAUGUCAAAGUAAAUUACUACAAGAUUUGAUCAAAGAGGCACGAAUCAAUGAAGAACGAGCAAACGAUUUAGUACGAGAACACCUGGCUAUCAUGGCUGCUAUUGACAAGGCUACUGACGAGGAGAGGGCACGUAGGCUUGUCGCCUUGGAAAUGAGGCUGGCAGAAAGAAGGGCGCUUGCUCUACAGAAGCUCGACGAUGACARACAUAAUGAGGAGGUAAUGGAGGCGCUAUCAGAGCAGCAAGAUGAGAAUAUGGAGGGCUUGAUAGGCUCGUCCAAGGUAAGCGAAGCAGAUGUCAACGCGUAUCGUACUCAGUACAGGAAAGACCUGGAAGGUUUAAGCAAAAAACUGUCUAAAGAGAAACAAAACCAGGAAARGAAGUUCCACAUGAAGUUAACCGCUUUGAAGCAAAAGCGUUUGGAGGAUUUGGCUCAACAACAUGCGGAAGAGAUAAGAAAAUCCAAUGAAGAWGAAGAUGAUAAAAUUGAACAAGUGGAAAUAGAUUGUAUCGACUCCGUAAACGAAAGACAGAAGAUGUUAGAGCGUCAUCGCCGGGAGCUUGAAGAUCUUGAGAGAGAAGCAGAUCACGAGGCUUCAGACGAAGUGCAAACGUUACAUGACCGACAAUCRAGGGUUUUGCAGGAACAGGCCAAGACGAGCGUACAAAAGAUUUAUCGUGAUAUGACGUCAAAAGGUCUUGACGAAUCGCUUAAGAAUAGCAUCAUAGACAAGUACACAUCAGAACUAGCAAGACAACAAGAAGCAAAGGAAGAGAAAAGACAGAGAGAUUCACAGUUACUGGAGAAACGGUUGUCUAAGUUGCGCAARGCUUUGGAAAAGAAAGCAGUCGAAGAAGUCAGCGAACAGGAAGAAAUACGAAAAAAGGAAGAACAAAUUAUCAAUGAAUUAAUAGUCAGUCAAGUGGUAAUGUCUGAAGAAGAACGYGAUAAAAUACUAGAAGAGCACGAGAAAAACUUGGUCGAGCUUGAAAGCAGCCUGACGCUAAAUAAACUGAGACAACGACAAAAGCUUGAGGAACGUCUGGCUGAAAAGAGAAAACAGAAAAUGCAAGACUUACAAAAACAACAGCAAGAAGAGGAACAGGUGAAAGAUUACGCUGAUAAAAUUCUAAACGAAGGCGAAGAUAUUGAAAUGCUUAAAAAACACGAGCAAGAGAAGGUUGAAUUGUUAAAAGAAGACGAUGAAAACAGAAUAGAUAAGUUAAGCGAACAAGUGCGUGAAGACAUGAUGAAAGAACGAACGAAAAAACUUCAAGAACAUCAAGAAAAAAUCUCUGCAACCAUAGCUAAACUACAGAUAGAGAAGGCAAAACAGAUAUCUCAGAUGAGGGCUCAACAACAAAUWCUCAAUCAGCUUCAAACAAAUUUAGUCGAUGAAUUAGAAUCCACAGGAGUUUUUGAAGACCCAGAAGCGAUAGAAAUUGUCGAGAAAUACAAAAAAGAUGCCAAGAAAGUCGAAGAUAAUUUGCGCAAACAGAGAAUAAAACAAGAAGAGGAUUUGAAGGAACGACUCGAAGAAAAGUUAAAGGAAAGAAGAAAAACGAUUUUAAUAGAAAAUAAGGCCAAAGAUUCCAAGCUUGUUGAAGAGGGAGGUAACGUACCUGCCUUGGUACGUUUCCGUAAGGCCGCCGUCAAAGCGAGACAGGAAGAACAGUUAAAUGAACUGAAAAGAAGAAUGGAGAAAGAGAAAGAACAGUCUCUUAACCAACUGAGARUCAACCAUGACCUACAACGAAUGAGAGUUACAGAAGAAAAGAACAUCCAGUUCAUCUCGAUGCUUGUGAAUAAAGGACAGCUAAAGCUAGAGGAAGUAGAGUCCACGUUGAAGUUCCUAUUUCCAUCAAAGCCUCCAGAAUACAUCGAUUCUUUGUUGUUAAAAAUCUAUGGUACUGGUCAAAAGUCUGCAAGUAUAUCAUCUAAAAGGACUAGCUUCACGCCGAAUUUUACAGGUGAGAUGAGCGAGUUGGAGAAACGUGUCCGACGAACAAGCCUUAGACCACUUCAGUCCAUUAGAGUUCUUCAAAGCGAAAAAGAAAAGAAAAGAAAAAGAAAUAAAUCAAAACGACUAGUAGAACAARAAGAAAAUGAUUUGCCACCUGUAGUUGUACGCAAGGGAAACAGACCGUCUUCUAAGCUAAUUCCUCUUGACAAUGGACAACGUAGUACUCUAUCCACAGACAGCCCUGAUAGURCUGCACUUCGACCUUUACUGAAACCCAUCUCAUCACGUUCCCAGUCCCCUGGGGACGACACACAGGAUGACAGAAGGCUGCUGGAUGAGAUGUUUGGAGGGAACUCAAGUGAGCCUGAUUCACCAAAGGUUGUGAAAAGACGAAAGAAGAAAAAGCGAGAUGUUUAUCGAGAUCUUGAUAGCUAACCACUGUAAACUUUUAGGCAUCYAAUCAUUACCCAUGAAGCUUUUCAGACUUUGAGACAGGAAGCCCAUAAACUAUUUUAUCUGUAAAUACGUUGAGUCAGUUUGAGAAAAAUCUGACUAGGCGUUAUCAAGCUAUUGAUCCAUAUAUUUAUCUAUAUAAUUGAUAUUUAUAAUUCAUAUUUAUAGAUAAGUCGCUUAUCUAUUAAGUCAGUGCGAGACAUGGAUGCACUUUAAGCAUUAAUUGUAUUUACUAAAUAUCGGUAUUUAUUAGGAGUGAAUAAUAUAGCCACAACAACAUUAAUCAAAUAAGAAACUACUGUUAAAAUUGGCUAGCUACAGUCAAUCGACCCCUGUCAAGUACGACGUUGUAUAUCUAUUUUGUCUAAUGGGUUAAAACUAUCUACAGUCAAUUUGAUCGACCCCUGUCAAGUACGACGUCGUAUAUCUAUUUUGUCUAAGUUAUGUAUAUGAAGCACGUUUUCUUGAUAUUUUAUUUUAUAUAUGAAAUUGUUUUUUAGAUAUCAGUGUGCAUUAUCAGAUCACAAUAAAUGGUUGACAUCCC